UGUCCAAUGCCGUAGUCCGCCCAGCUCUUCGACUCACAUCACGUGCAGCCCCAAGACGCGCUGAGUCACCCCACUUUCCCACCAGCCCCUAAAAAAGCCUAGCGCCAGAGGGCACCAAUUUUCCACGCACAACCUGGACGGAUUGUAGGGCGCGAACCACCGGAAAUCCCCUUCCACUUUUACGGUUGCCAGCCCAUCAUCACCAACUCUCAACAACCACCCAACCCUACUAACCCUUCACCACCCAGUGCCCGCGUGCGAAGAGUUUGUCAACAAUGGCCGUCGAGAAUCAGAAGAAGACCUUCGGCAAGUCGACUCGGGAGGUCCCCGCUGCUGGGCAGAAGGCUCAGAAGUGGUACCCUGCCGAGGACGAUGCCCAGCCUAAGAAGGUCCGCAAGACGGUCCGUCCCUGGGCCCCCCGCCAGACCCUCCAGCCCGGCACUGUCCUGAUCCUCCUCGCUGGUCGCUUCCGCGGCAAGCGUGUCGUCCUCCUCAAGACGCUCGAUCAGGGUGUCCUCCUCGUCACCGGUCCCUUCAAGAUCAACGGCGUCCCCCUGCGUCGGGUUAACUCCCGCUACGUCAUCGCCACCUCCAUGAAGGUCGACGUCAACGGUCUCGACUCCAAGAAGGUCGACGAGAUCUCCCAACCAAAGUACUUCACCGCCGAGAAGGCCAAGGAGAAGGCUGGUGAGGAGGCUUUCUUCAAGCAGGGCGAGGAGCCCAAGAAGAAGGAGGUUAACAGCUCCCGCGCGGCGGACCAGAAGGCCAUCGACAAGCCUCUGCUCAGCAACAUCAAGAAGGUCCAGUUCCUCUCCAGCUACCUCGGCAGCAGCUUCAGCCUGCGAAAGGGCGACAAGCCCCACGAGAUGAAGUGGUAGACGGAGAAACGGGGGACUGUGAGGACAAGGGCAAUCAUUUUCACGACGGAAACAAACAUUGCGGGGCGGAAAGGCGUAGGCGAACAGACUCUGGUUGCGCUACGAAACAAUGGUGUCGUAGAACGGGCAGGGUCUCCCGGCUGGGGGCUGGUUUGGCCCAUUGCAUUUGGAAGUCGACGGCAUCGGUCACAUUCUGGCGUCUGUAAUCAGGUUUUACAGUCAAAAAACACAACGAGCAUGAACAAACCAAGACCUCUUUUUCCCUCUUCCCCGGAGCCAUG